UAUGGUUAGCUGGCCAAUCAAGUCUGAAAAUUCUCCUAUCUUCAUCUCCUUCCUCCUCCUCCUCCUCAGUCCUCUCGCAUUCUCCUCCUCUUAAAACCCUUACAACAAAAGCAGCGUCUUGUAUUAGUCUUUGCCGACCACCUCCCCUUCACUGGUGCUGCUAUUCUCGGCCCAGGGCGGACGCCCCUCCGGCCCUGCCUCAGGGACGGGCCUAAUCUGACGCUGAUGGUGCUUUUGCGGUUUCCUUUACCUGAGAAGCUAAACCCCUGUUCUCGGUGUCAGUACAACAAUCGUACCAACAAAUUCAUAGAAAACAAGAUUAAAUUGGGAACCCAAAUUGUUUCUGCUUUAUCUUAUCAGAAGUUUGUAGAUUUUGCUGUUGAUGAAACUAAGCAUCGUACCCAUCUCAUCCCUUCUCCUUUGCAGUAUCAACAGGAAAAGUUCAGUCAUAUUCAAGCUGUAGAUGGAAAAGCCAAGAUAGAUUUUCUAUCCUUUGAAGCUUCUAAGAUUAGACUACUUCGCAGUAUGCACAUCGACGGGGGUGAUUCACUGCAGGUGUUGGACUUUGGCAUCUUCCCAAAUGUUGCUUUCGAUAUGCCAAUUUUUUGUGCCAACUUUUUUACCAGCUCAUCGAUGAGCAUUAUUGUACUGGAUCUCAAUCCUUUGCAUGAUGUCAUUUCUAAUAGAGAAUACAAAGAGAAGUAUUACAAAAGUUUAAUGCCUCUCAGCAUAAAGUAUGCCGAACUUUUGCCUUGGGGAGGAAAACUUACAGGUGAAUCUUUGCGAUUUUUCUCACCAAUAGUAAUAUGGACAAGAUUUACUUCAAGCCAACACAAGGGUGACAUUUUAUUUGAUGCUUUCAACGACUAUUACAAGACAUGGCUAGACUUGAUGGAACAUGCGGUGCAGGAGCAGUCUCCUGCCCAAGUUAUGCUCAACAGUGAAGCACAACAUAAGUACCUUACAUGGAGAGCGGAAAAGGACCCUGGGCAUUCAUUGCUGAAGAAGUUGGUUGGGGAAGCAAAAGCAAGAGAUGUGUUGAGGAGCUUCCUGUUUAAUGGAGUUGAUGAACUAAGCAGGAAAACUUUUCUGGACUACUUUCCAGAGUACAAGCUUGAAGAUGGAAGCAUUAAUGAUAAGCGCAGUAUGAUGGGGAAGUCAUUCGAGAACCGGCCAUGGGAUAGUAAAGGGGAACUCGUUGACAAUUGUUAGAAGUAAGCUUAACAUUGUAGUUGGGUUCAUAAUGUUGGGACAAAGAUCGGUCGACAUCCAAGAUCAAAGAUGCAACUGUGAAGGUGUAAUUUACUGUCAGCAACACGGGUCCAAACAUGUUAAAGUAUAGAGCCUUGUACUUAGCUUGUUUGUUGCAUUUGGUUUGGUAGUAGCUUGAAAUCUCUGUGUAAUGCAUGAUCAAAGCUAAAUGUACUUUCUUUUUGGUUA